AUGACCGCAGAGACUCCAAUCACGACGCUUAUCUUUGAUGUUGACGAUACUUUAUACGACGUAUCAACCGGAUUUACGGACCAUCGAAAUGGCGAGGCAGCACAACGUUUCAUGAUGGAAUAUCUAAACUUUCCUGAUCUGGAAUCUGCCAAAAAGAUUCGUGACCAAUACUUUGAAAAGUACCAUGCUACGGCCAAAGCUUUGACAAUUGCGGAGCAGGACGGAGCCUUCCCUCCACCUGACCCGACCAAGCCUACAAAGGUGCCACGAUUUGAUCCGAAGGAUCUAGCCGACUAUUGGACGUCAAAUCUUGAUUUUCGACUAUUGGGUGGGAAGAAAAUUAAGCUGUUACAAGAUCUAGAAAGCUGCGGACUCAAAUUGGUCGCUUUUUCCAAUGGCCCCCGUAGGUAUGUGAAACGAGUUUUAGUUGAGCUAGGUUUGUUUAAUGUCUUCGGUGACGAGCGUCUCUACGCUGUUGAUGACGUGCUACCCUUUUGCAAGCCCGAAAAGGAGGCCUUCGAAAAAAUAUUUGCUGACGUCGGAGUCAGAGCCGAUGAAUGUGUAAUGAUUGAAGACAGCAUGAAAAACAUAAACGCGCCAACGAAUUAGGGAUGAAAACUGUUCUCGUGAUCGGCAAGGGCAGAAUGAAGAAUUGCAAGAGGUCAGGGGCCAUUUGUGUGGAAGAUACGGGAGAAUCGACCAAUACUCGUGACGCUCCUGAUAUGGACGAUCCUGCCGUUGAUUUCGUCGUCGAAACUGUAGAUGAACUGCGGCAGAAAAUCCCCGGCUUAUGGGCAUCUCCAGCAAUCUUUAUGCCUACAGAAUAGUACCACCCAAAAUUGCAUAGACAAGUACUAUACUUGAUGGUAGAGCUAGACUCAAAUAGCGCUCUCUAUUCUUGC